CUUCUUCUUCUUCUUCCUUUCUCUUUUCCCUUCCUCCGUCGCCUCCCCCUUUCUGCGCUCGCCGCCCCUCCAGUCGCCGGCAACUCUCUCCCCCUUCCUCUCCCUCGCCGACGCCGCUUCUUCUCCUUCCUCCCCUCUCCCUGCCAACGUCAAGAGUGGGAAAGAGGGAGCUGCCGCCGUGCAUCAACCGCCCGCUGCCCUCUAUCCGACGCCGGAAACGAGCUUCUCGCCAUCGAAAACCCCCGAGCCCAGCUUCCCCUGCUGUUUUUACUCCUGUGGCAGUAGUGUGUAGUCUCGCUGGAGCCGAAACUUUUCGGCCUCGACCGGUGGCUUCCGAUUGCUUCUUGUUUCAAGCUGAGAUCUCCAUGAUAAUUCCAAAUACAACAGGGAAAUCUUGAGGGUAAACCUGAGGUCAUGUGUAGGAAGUUGCCAGUACGUCUGUAAUUCUAAAAAAACAGAGUUGAAGAGGUGCCCUCCAUUUUCCAUUACUUUCUGUUGGGAGCUUGUUCAGAUUCGGUGACAUAGAAAUGGAAGAUCAGAGAAAGAAGCAUCUCCGACUAGUGCUAGUGCCAUCUCCUUUCCAAGGCCAUAUAAAUCCGAUGCUUCAACUUGGAGGCAUCCUCUACUCCAAGGGCUUGUCGAUCACCGUAGCUCACACCAAAUUCAACUAUCCUAACCCUUCAAACCACCCUGAAUUCAACUUCCUAUCAAUUCCGGAUGGCUUAUCAGAUCAUGAUAUCUCUUCUCCAGACAAAAUCGGCCUUGUUCUGAAGCUGAACGCCAACUGCGAAAAACCUUUCCAAGAUUGUAUGGUUAAGCUAAUGCAACAACAGGAGAUACAGGGUGAAGUUGCCUGCAUCAUUUAUGAUGAAAUAUCAUACUUUUCUGAAACCGCUGCCAAUAAUCUAAAAAUUCCAAGCAUCAUAUUUCGCACUUACAAUGCUAUUACUUUCCUCGUUCGCACCAGUGCCACUUAUCAGCUCAGGUCGCAAUGUCAAAUUCCGUUACCAGAUCCUUCGUCGCACGAACCAGCACCAGAGCAUCCUUUUCUCAGACUCAAGGAUUUGCCUACUCCAAGUUCUGGAUCACUAGAAAAUUACUUCAAACUUUUAGCUGCUGCAAUCAAUAUAAGAAGGUCUAAGGCCAUCAUUUGCAAUACCAUGAAUUGCCUUGAAGAGACAUCAUUAGCACAGCUCAAACAACAAACCCCAAUUCCAAUCUUUGCAAUAGGACCUUUGCACAAAAUUGUUCCAGUAUCACGUAGUAGCUUAAUAGAAGAAGACAUCAACUGCAUUUCAUGGCUUGAGAAGCAAACUACAAAUUCAGUUAUCUAUAUAAGUAUAGGAAGCCUAGCUACAAUACAAGAGAAAGAUUUAGCUGAAAUGGCUUGGGGUUUAGCUAACAGCAAGCAACCUUUCCUGUGGGUAAUUCGGCCUGGAUCGAUAGACAACUCAGACUGGAUUGAAGCAUUACCUGAAGGGUUUAAAGAAAGUGUUGGAGAAAGAGGUUGCAUUGUGAAAUGGGCACCUCAAAAGGAAGUUUUGGCACAUCAAGCAGUAGGAGGAUUUUGGAGCCAUUGUGGCUGGAAUUCAACACUAGAAAGUUUAUGUGAAGGGGUUCCAAUGAUAUGCAGACCAAGCUUUGGAGACCAGAAGGUGAAUGCAAGAUUCGUAAGCCAUGUAUGGAAGGUGGGUUUGCAAUUAGAGGAUGAAUUGGAGAGAGCCGAGAUAGAGAGAGCAGUGAAGAGGCUGAUGGUUGAUGAAGAAGGGAAAGAGAUGAGGCAGAGGGCUAUGCAUUUGAAGGAGAUGGCAGAAUCAGAAAUAAUAGAAGGUGGAUCUUCCUAUAAUUCCUUGAAGGACUUAGUGGAGUUUAUUAGUUCCUCAAUUUAAUUGUUGGAAGGAACUUUCUUAUAAUUAAUAUUUAAUAAUGAAUAAUUGAUAGUUAUAUCAAUUAUUUGAAAUAA